AUGCAUCUCAUACCUAAAGAAAUAGAUAAGCUUGCUAUCUCUCAGCUUGGUCUGCUGGCACAACGAAGACUUGCGCGAGGAGUAAAGCUCAAUCAUUCCGAAGCAGUUGCGCUUAUAGCAAAUAAUCUUCAAGAGCUCAUUCGCGAUGGAAAUCAUACAGUGGCAGAUCUCAUGUCAAUUGGCGCAACGAUGCUCGGGCGUCGCCAUGUCCAACCUGCGGUUUGCUCGACUCUUACGGAAAUUAUGGUCGAGGGCACUUUUCCAACAGGAACAUACUUGGUGACGGUACAUCAUCCAAUUAGUACAAAUGAUGGAGAUUUGGCGAAGGCUCUCUAUGGAAGCUUUCUUCCAAUUCCAGAUAUAGAUCUUUUCCCAUUGCCAUUGGAUGCGGAAUACGAAUCGAUGAAACGGCCUGGUGCUUUAAUUACUGUAAAAGGUAAAGUUAAGCUGAAUGAAGGGAGAAAGAGAAUAAAAUUGAGAGUGACAAGUAAGGGAGACAGACCAAUACAAAUUGGAUCUCAUUAUCAUUUCAUCGAGACAAAUCCACAACUCGAUUUUGAUCGCAUCAAAGCAUAUGGUUACAGACUCGAUAUUCCAGCCGGUACAUCUGUUAGAUUCGAACCUGGAGACACUAAAACCGUAGGACUAGUAGAAAUUGGUGGCAACAGAGUCAUCCGUGGUGGAAACCACGUCGCUACUGGAAAAGUAGAUACUUCACGAGUGGAAGAAAUUUUAGUCAAUCUUCAAGAGGCAGGAUUCGCGCAUACCCCAGAUCCAAGUGGAGAUGCUGCAUUUAUUGAUGCAUUCGAAAUGGAUAGAACAGCAUACGCAACUAUGUUUGGACCAACUGUAGGUGAUACUAUUCGUCUAGGUAAUACCGAUCUUUGGAUCAAGGUUGAGAAGGAUUUGAGUUUUUACGGCGAUGAAUGUAAGUUUGGUGGUGGUAAGACUUUACGAGAAGGUAUGGGCCAGGCUACAGGUAUACCUGAUGAUAUAUCAUUGGAUCUCGUUAUUGUUAAUGCUUUGAUUGUUGAUUGGACUGGUAUUUAUAAAGCCGAUAUUGGUGUCAAGAACGGUAUUAUAGUAGGUAUUGGUAAAGCUGGAAACCCAGAUGUGAUGGAUGGCGUCAGUCCAAAUAUGAUCGUUGGAUCAUGUACAGAUGUUAUUGCUGGGGAAGGCAAAAUUAUUACUGCUGGUGGCUUUGACACUCAUAUUCACUUCAUCUGCCCUCAACAAGUCAAUGAAGCUAUCUCGUCUGGUAUUACAACGAUGCUAGGAGGCGGCACUGGCCCAAGCGCUGGAACUAGUGCUACAACUUGCACACCUGGAAAAAAUUACAUGCGACAAAUGCUUCAAGCUUGUGAUACCCUGCCAAUGAAUGUUGGAAUAACAGGCAAAGGAAAUGACAGUGAUCCCGCUGCACUCCGUGAGCAAGUUAUUGCCGGAGCUUGUGGACUCAAAUUGCAUGAAGAUUGGGGCACUACACCUUCAGCUAUUGAUUCUUGUCUUACGGUUUGCGAUGAACUCGAUAUUCAAUGUUUGAUCCAUACCGAUACUCUAAACGAGUCAGGUUUUGUUGAAUCUACGAUUGCUGCAUUCAAAAAUCGUGCUAUUCACACUUAUCAUACAGAAGGAGCUGGCGGUGGCCAUGCACCUGAUAUCAUCAGUGUUGUCGAGCAUCCGAACGUCCUCCCUUCCUCUACCAAUCCUACAAGACCUUAUACUAGGAAUACACUCGAUGAGCAUUUAGACAUGCUUAUGGUUUGUCAUCAUCUUUCCAAGAAUAUUCCCGAAGACGUUGCUUUUGCUGAAUCACGAAUUCGCGCCGAAACGAUUGCAGCCGAAGAUAUUCUCCAUGAUCUGGGAGCAAUCAGCAUGAUGUCUUCUGAUUCCCAAGCAAUGGGCCGUUGUGGAGAAGUUAUCAUGAGAACAUGGAAUACAGCCCACAAAAAUAAAGUCCAACGUGGUGCACUCGGAGAAGAUCUGGGCACCGGAGCAGACAAUUUUAGAGUCAAGAGAUACAUUAGCAAGUACACGAUUAAUCCGGCACUUGCUCAAGGUAUGGGACAUAUUAUUGGCAGUAUUGAAGUUGGAAAGCUUGCAGAUCUGGUCGUUUGGGAUCCAGCUUGGUUUGGAACUAAGCCCACCACAAUUAUUAAAAGUGGUAUGAUCGCUUACGCUCAAAUGGGCGAUCCUAACGCUUCCAUCCCCACUGUCCAACCCAUAAUCUGUCGCCCCAUGUUUGCACCCCUAGUCCCUUCUACAUCUAUUCUCUUCGUUUCCGAAUCAUCAAUUUCUUCGGGUACAAUCGCAACAUAUGGUUUGAAGAGUCGCGUAGAGGCAGUGAAGAAUUGUAGAAUAGUUGGAAAGAAAGAUAUGAAGUUCAAUGAUCAGAUGCCGAAGAUGAAGGUCGAUCCGGAAAAUUAUAGAGUCGAGGCAGAUGGUGUACAUAUUGUUUGUGAGGCGGCGGAAUGGUUGCCAUUGGGUCAAAAUGCUUAUGUUUAUUAG